AUGACUCUAACGCUUCUCCUCUUCCUGACCUCCGGUUGCCCCGUGGCUGUCCUCGCUAGGUACACCUACCUCAACACCUCUGGGGACAUCAUGCUGGGAGGGCUGUUUCCUGUCCACGGCAACGGCAGGGGCGUCACAGAGUGUGGAGGUAUACAGGUAGAAGAAGGACUGCAAAUGUUGGAAGCUAUGCUGUUUAUAGUUAAUGAAAUCAAUGAAAAUGAGGAACUCCUUCCUGGAGUAAAACUUGGAGUGAUAGCUUAUGACACUUGUGAUAGUCCAGCCUACGCUUUGGAGCAGUCACUGGACUUCAUAAAAGGCUUCAUAGCUCAUUUCAAUGCCAAUGAGUACCACACUGACCACCCUAAAGAGUUUGUCUGUGAAGACAAUACAGCUCCAAUGUACAGAGGAGGUAAUUUCGAUAAAGUCGUGGCUCUGCUAGGCGAACAAUCAAGUGCUGUUACCAUGCAGAUAGCUACGAUGCUGAGGCUGUUCAAGACACCAAUAGUCAGCUACAUGGCGACAUCACCGGCCCUCAGCAACCCAGACCGCUUUCCCACCUUCUUCCGCACAGUCCCCAGCGAUGUCAACCAGGCCAACGCCAUGCUGGAACUGAUAAGAAGGUUCAACUGGACGUAUGUAUCCAUCGUCUACUCAGACAGCGAGUACGGCAACCAAGGCUACGAGACUCUACAACAGCUGGCUCCAACCUACGGUGUUUGCUUCUCUACUCCUCUGCGUGUGAGUAAGGAGCACUUCAGUGACUUGGACUACGACCGCAUUGUAGAGCGACUCGCUAACAACUCUCACGCUAAAGUUGUGGUUGUGUUUGCUGAGAAGCCGACGGUUGUGUUGCGGUUGGUAGAGUCAACCAGGAGGAUGAAGGUGGACAACCGGUUUGUCUGGGUGGGCUCUCAUGGUUGGACAGUCACGGAUCACAGGGAUCAUCAUCUUCCAGUGUCCUCAACUCUAGAGGAUUCUUUGGGUACUGUCAAUCGUCCUAAUCACCGUAAUCGGCAGUUAACUAAAGAUGACUUGGAAAGCCACGAAGUCCUGGAAGGAGCUUUAGCCAUACAGCCUCUAGCAAGUCAUUUGGAAGGGUUUGAUGAGUAUCUUGCCGGCUUGACUGUGGAAAACCAUGAGAAGGUGAAUCCGUGGUUUAAAGAAUACUUGGAGGCGUUCUUCCACUGUUCUUUCUACAACCAGUCAGAUCCAAAUGUGUCUGAGAGCUCUCAAGACUGCAGCACUGUGGACUUGACAAUCACAGAAGAUAAGGGUUUCCAACAACAUUCCUGUCUACACUUUGUGAGGGACGCUGUCUACGCAGUAGCGACAGCUCUACACAACAUGCACAGAGACAAGUGUGGUGGAUUGCCUGGUCUUUGUGCCAACAUGAGUCACAUAGAGAACAGCCAAGUCGUUGAAUACAUCAGGAAUGUCACUUUUAAAGAUGAGAAAGGAAACCCAUUCCGGUUUCUAAAGGGUCGGGAUGGACCACCCCGUUACUCAAUCUUGAACUUUCAGAGAACUGAUGUAAACGCAUUCCAGUGGCAGAUUGUGGGCAACUACACUUUGGAUGAAUACGGAUCACCCAAGUUGUUUCUAGACAGCAAGCGAAUAAGAUUCAGUCGAGAAUUAAAAGAUUUUCCAUCUUCAAGAUGCACACAAACUUGUGAUGAUCUGCAAAUUCGAAUAAGAGAGUACGACGACACAUGCUGUUGGUCAUGUAUAAAUUGUUCUCCUUACGAGAGGAAAAUUGACGAUUUUCACUGCCAAGGGUGUGAUCGGGGGUUUUUGCCUUCUAGAAACAAAUCUGUUUGUGUGGAGAUCCCAGAAGAUUUCAUCAACUACACAAACCCAUGGGCAACUCCAGCCCUCAUCGUAGCCACAGUAGGAAUAACAGUUACAAUUAUAAUAUCCUACAUUUUCUGGAGAAACGCAGAAACUCCUGUGGUUAAGGCUUCUGGCCGUGAACUGAGCUACCUGCUCUUGUUUGGUACUUUCCUGGAGUUUUUCCUCACCUACAUAAUGGUAGCCCCGCCUACUUUUCCGAGUUGUGUUGCCACAAGAUUCCUCCUCGGAUUUUCAUUUACACUUUGCUACGCAGCAAUUGUUACAAAGACUAAUCGAAUCGCCAGGAUAUUCAACAGUGGGGGUAAUCUUCACAGAACAAGAUGCAUAAGUCCCAAGUCCCAGGUGCUCAUCACAGCACUUCUCACUUCAGUUCAGAUCUUCCUCAACAUCGGAUGGUUCCUGUAUGAUCCACCUUUCGUCAGCCACAUUUUCCCCACCAGGGAGUCUAGGCUGAGGGUUUGCUCUGGUUUGGGGGAUUUUUCCUACCUCAUCGGUCUCUCCUACCCAUUUGUACUAAUAGGAGUGUGUACAGUUUACGCCUUUCUCACAAGGAAGUGUCCUGACGGGUUCAAUGAAGCGAGACACAUAGGCUUCACCAACUACACUGCUAUCAUCAUUUGGUUGGCGUUUGUGCCAUUGUACAUUGCCUCCACCAGUUACACCAUCAGAGUUGUCACUUUAGCAAUGUCUUUGUCUCUCAGUGGGUUUGUGCAGCUAGGCUGUUUGUUUCUCCCCAAGCUGUACAUAGUGGUGUUCACUCCUGAGAAGAACACAAAGGAGUUGGUGAUGGCUCAUAACAGAACUGCCUCAUUCAGUGUCAACACCCUUUCCAGCAACAUGGCCUCCAACCACACUGACUUGGGCAAUGAGAAUGGUUACAAAAAUCCAUCAUUCACAAACUCGGUUGGGAGUAUUCACAACGAGGGAACUCCACGAACUAUCCGAUUUCACCCUGUCAUAUCUGUAGCCAAGCGUGAAGAUCUUGAUCAUGAAGAUAACAUGUUCCAACGAUCCCACAACAGGAAAUUCACUCCUCCGCUGAGGAAAACUGGAAUAUGUACACAUCCGGGGUGAACACUUCCCUACUUUUAUUUAUCAAGUCAGUCGUUUCAGUAUUCUAUACUCAAGUACCUUGAUGAAUCAUGAAAUUGGAACAAGUUUUACCCCUUCCUUUCCACAUCUCUUAGUAUGUAGUUGUAAAUAUAUAAAUAGUGUAAGUAUUCUUAGUCAAAGUAAGAAAUAAUAAAUACUAAAAUGGAUAUUGUACAAGUUAUUACCUUCACCAAGACUAAUUAGUAUAAUUUUUUGGGGAAAAUAUUCUGAAUAUUUUUUGUUUUUGUUUGAAAUAUAUGAAACACGUUAAGUAGACCUAGGUUUAACUGUUAUAUGACAUUAUGUAGACCAAGGUUUAAUAUUAACACAUUUUGUUAUCUAUUAAUAAAAUAAACUUUUUAUAAAAAGA